UUCUCCACAAAAUACGGAAAUUACGUGUUUGCCUUUCUGCGCAGUUACGUUUGUGACACACAUUACUCCCACAGAGACAACUUUUGGGUUUUUCUGAUCAACUAUUUAUAGAGUUGCGAUAUAUUUAAUAAAUGCCAGCGUCCCUACUGAGUGCUUAAGGUUUUACUGGUUUUUCAUUUAACUCCGGAUAUAAAUGAAUACGAAGUCUAGCUAUGGCAACUAAAACAUUGCUAAAAUCUUUGGACCCACCAAGAAAUCUGCUUUUUGAUUCCGCAAAUGUUUGCCUAAAUGCCAUGCGAGCAGCAAGAAUAUCCACUCGGCAUGUGCAAAGUGCGAAACUGAAGCUGGUAAUAUCACGGCGAUUCAUCAAUUGAAAGCAACAGGCUUUUCUGGAAAUGUUUCCACAGACUAGGCGAACAAAAACCGUAGUAGAGGGCUCAGUGAACCAUGGCGAUGAUAAAUCACGUCAAUUGUUCAAACUCUUAGACUAUGUUGGCUACAGUCAUGAUAUUAUCGCAGAAAGGCGGAGAGUGUUCCAUGGGAUAGACGAGAUGAUUAACAAUGCAAGAGAGGACAAAAUUGUGCAAGUAACAGCCGGCAGCAAGGCUGAAGGCUUAGCAUCGUGUUUUGAAAGCGACUACGACUACUUGAACAUAUAUCAAAAUAUUGUUUGUCAAUUUGAAAUUUUAACAAAUAUGUUUUCAAAUGACACAACAGGGUUUUGCAUGUUAGGGGAAGCAUGCCACCCAGGACAUUACACACUGAAGUUGUUAACAAGAGGUGUUAAGUCGCCGAAAAACCUUGAAGCGUCGCUAGUCACAAACCAAAAUGGUGAAAUUUUCAUUUCUAGUGAUUUGUUUACGAAAGAAUUUGAGCGAACCAUUUCUUUUGAUUCAGAGGGUGGAUGGAACAAGGCAGCUAGGACGGGGCCCGCCGUCCCUUCGACCCGUGGGAUAUAUCGCAGGGAUGACGUGUACGCAUUUCGCUGCGUUGUCCAAAAAGAGGUUUUAGCCGACUGGGCUAAACGGGAGAGACCCUUUGGGUGGCCAUGUGCUGACGUCAUAAAUGACGUCAUAAAUCUAGAUGCGCAGCUAGUACCUGUUGGAUGUAAGGGUUCAAGUAAUCGAGGCAUGGAAUGGCGCAUUUGCUUUAUUUAUGCGGAAUUGAAGCUAACUGAAACUUUAAACGAGUGUCAGUAUAAACUGUACAUUCUACUGAAAAUUAUGAACAAAGAGGUACUUCAUCCAAUCUGCCGUGAUAUGUCGUCUUUUAUCAUGAAGAAUGUGGCAUUCUGGAUUGUAGAGUCGCACCGUCAAGAGAUAUUCCGUGAGCAGAACCUAAUGCCCGUCUUACAACUUGCUCUGAAAUUCCUCAAGACUGCACUUGCCAAUAAUAAGCUUCCGUACUACAUGAUACAUGGUAGGGACCUGUUGAUUGGACGAACUACUGUAAACGAAAGGUCUAAAUUAAUCAGUAAAUUAGAAGAACUUAUCACUGAAGAUGGACGGGUAAUAUAUCGGUUACCGAAACUGCGAGCGGCUAUGGAGACUGUCCCUCCCGACGAACUUGAACAAACGAGAAAGCGUAGGGACAAACUUGAGCGCCUUGAGUUGACGCGCCAGUACAGGAACGCGUCGUACAGGGCAUCAAAUUUUCAACGGGAAGAGAUAGCCAUACUGAAUUGGAAUGACAAGAUAUACCGGGAUUCCAUCUAUGAAAUGUACGACAUGGUAUGUCCGCAAUGGAGAGACUAUUUAAUAGCGGACAAUCGAACAGAGACGCUGAACGCGGUAUUACAAAGCAUCGGGGACGCCGUUACCUUCAGGGAUCAUUAUUUGAGAUUCGCCCACAAUAAUCUCAGUAUUCUUUGGCCUCAUCUGAAAUCGGAAGUAACGGUAAAGGAAGAUACACCCAAAGAGCUGAUAAUGGAACUUAUCGCCAUUUUACGGGUAAAAAUAGAGAGAGCUUUGUCGUAGAAUAUAAUAUAAAUUCGAUGCUAACCUUUUUAUCAAAGUGUAUUAACGUGCUGAACAUGUUUGUUGGAAAUAUGAUAACUAUAUAUAUUUCCCAUAAAGGGUUACAUUCAAUACUGCCAAACGAUGUGCUGAAGACAUAGUUAUUUUAGGUGUGUACAUGCA